CCGGCUGAUUGGCCCCUCCGCGGCGUAUCCUCCGGCUGGCAGCCAGGCGGGCGCGUCACGUGGCCGAGCAGCGUCCAGGGCGCCGAUCCGCGGGCCUCCAGGCAUGGACCGUCAGGCCUCCGGAGUCCGGGCGCUGGGGGCCGCCGAGCCGCUUCGGGGUCCGCCGCUGCCGAGCGCGCGGGAGGCGCCCCCCAGCCCGGGGGCCACCUUUGCCCCCGCUGACCACUCCGGGCAGCAGAGAGAGACCGAGAAGGCCAUGAAUCGGCUAGCCAGUGGAGCACAGAGCAUCCCUAAUGGUAGUCCUACCCACGGUGAGGGCACCCACUCGGAAGAGGAAGGCUUUGCUAUGGAUGAUGAGGAUUCGGAUGGGGACCUGAAUACCUGGGAGCUGUCAGAAGGGGUAUCCGACUGUCCGCCCAAGGAACAGGCUGCUGAUCUUUUUAACGAGGACUGGGACUUGGAGUUGAAGGCAGAUCAAGGGAAUCCAUAUGAUGCCGAUGACAUCCAGGGUUGCAUUUCUCAAGAUGUCAAACCUUGGGUGUGCUGUGCCCCGCAAGGAGACAUGAUCUAUGACCCCAGUUGGCACCAUCCGCCCCCGCUGAUACCCCAUUAUUCCAAGAUGGUCUUCGAAACAGGACAGUUUGAUGAUGCUGAAGAUUGAGUCUGCAGCUUCUUGCCUGGUGGGUGGGCCUGCCUUCCAGAUGAAGGUCUCUCUUCCUUUCAUUGAGGUGAGAGGUCACAUUUGAGGACCCAUUCCCAGCGAUCCCAGAGUCGGGAGCAUAGACUGGUGUUAACUAAGACCCCAGUGUCCUCCAGUUCUGUUGUUGUUGUUGUUUUUAGUGAGCUCCUCCUUGGGACAUGUGAGUGUUUGUGUCUGUGUCAGGAGGAGUUGUGUUCUUUAUAAAUAAAGGUAGAAAAAAUUUGAUAUGCUUUUGUUUACUCCCCGCCCCCCCCCCCUUUUAAUUGGAUACUUACCAGCAAAGCUUUACUCCUUUAGUUCAAGUCCCUGGCUUACAUUUUAAGGAUUGGAGGUACUUGGACCCUUAAAACUACUCUGUGAAAGAAAAUAAUUUUUUGGCCAGAGAUUUUCCAAGCACAUGAGUAGGCCCUGUGUCGUUGCUAGUGGUUUUAAGACCUUAAGAAAUGUUGGUGACUUUGUGGCUGAUUUCUAUUCCUGCUGAUGAAAAAUUGACCAUUUACUUAGUAAACAAGCAAGCUGGAACAUAAAAUGGCAAAUAAAUUAAACCAGCAAUUAUAUAGCCCUCAACUGGUAUGAAAGGAUUUUGAACCUUAUUUUCUUUUCUUUAACCUUAUUUUCCAUUUAAUUAUUUGCUCUUUGUAAUUACUAUAUGAAGUC